UUGAAAAAAAGAAAGAAAAAAAAAUCCAAAGUAAAAAAAAAAAACCAAAUUAUAAAAUAUCCGAACUCCACUAGGAGUUCAUCGAAGUCUUAAACAAGAUUGCAAAAACAGAACAUAAAUAAACCAAACACACAAAGCAUUUGCUUGUUUUUCUUCCCACAAAGCUCCACUCCUACAUACCUCCAGCCAUGCUUAGAGUCAUCACCACCAACACUCAAAAAAUUUCAUUCCUCCUUUGCUUAAGUUUAGGGGUUCUUCUGUUUUUAUCAAUAUGUGUUUCUGGAACAACACCAAGGCUUAGUGCAAUUGGGAGAAAGCAAAUAGAAUUCAGUCGAAAUUCUAUAUCCUCUUCCCUUGCGACUGCAUCUUCGGAUGACUACGCGACAUUCUUUUAUACACAAACUUUGGAUCACUUCAAUUACAGACCAGAAAGCUAUGAAACUUUUCAACAAAAGUAUGUCAUCAAUUUCAAAUAUUGGGGUGGUGCAAAUGUUAGUGCACCCAUCUUUGUUUUUUUAGGAGAAGAGUCCAAUAUAGAUGCAGAUGUUGCUGGGAUUGGGUUCCUGUCUGAUACUGCUCCUCAAUUUAAAGCUCUCAUUGUCUUUAUAGAGCACCGGUACUAUGGAAAAUCAAUUCCAUUUGGAUCGAGGGAAGAAGCAUUUCGAAAUGCUAGUACACUCGGAUACUUCAAUUCGGCCCAAGCUCUGGCGGAUUACGCCGAAGUUAUCAUUAAUCUAAAGAAAAAUAUGUCCGCUGAUUCUUCCCCUGUUAUAGUCUUUGGUGGAUCUUACGGCGGAAUUCUGGCUUCAUGGUUUCGCCUGAAAUAUCCACACAUCGCGCAUGGAGCUCUAGCGUCAUCUGCACCAGUUCUGUAUUUCGGCGACGUUGCACCGAGAUACGGAUAUUAUAGCAUUGUCUCCAAAGAUUAUCGAGAAGUUAGCAAGUUUUGCUACGAUGUCAUUAAAGAAUCCUGGUCUCUGAUCGAUUCAAUUGCUUCCCAUGAAAAUGGUCUUGCUAUCCUCGGUGAAAAAUUCAAGACUUGCUCUCCUUUAAGCAAAUCGUUUGAGCUAAAGGACUACUUAGGUUCUGUUUACGCUGAAUCUGCACAAUAUGAUGCUCCACCAAGAUACCCAGUUACAGUGAUCUGCGGUGCCAUCGAUGGAGCACCAAUAGGAACUGACAUUCUUAGUCGGAUACAAUCAGGUGCUGCGGCUUUUAUGGGCGAAAAAAAUUGUUAUGAUAUGGGUGAAUUUACCCGUCACACCGAAACAAUCCAAGGAUGGCAAUGGCAGACAUGUAGUGAGAUGGUAAUGCCCAUAGGAGUUGAUGGCGAGGAUACGAUGUUUCAGGCAUCACCCUUCGAUCUUAAGAAUUUCUCAGUGUCCUGUCAAAGCCGGUACAAUGUGGAACCAAGACCGCAUUGGAUAUUAAAUGAGUUCGGAGGAAAGGAUAUCAAAUCGGUGCUUCAAGUAUUUGCUAGCAACAUCAUUUACUCCAAUGGAUUAAGAGAUCCUUACAGCAGUGGAGGAGUUCUGGAGAAUAUUUCAGACAAUGUCGUAGCCAUUACCGCAUAUAAAGGAUCACAUUGUUUGGAUUUACUUCAUAAAUCACCGGACGAUCCAAAGUGGUUAAUUGAACAUCGAGAGGCUGAGAUUGAGAUUAUCAAAAGGUGGAUCGAAGAAUACAAUGCCUUGCGUAUCAUUAAAACAAGUAAAGCUCACCACUGGGCUCGUUAGCUUCAUGUAUUUCUAGAAUUUGCCCUUCUGCUCUCAAAAAAAAAAAAAAAAAAAAAAAACAAAACAAAAAGAAAACAAAACAAAAAGAAAACAAAGAUUAUUACUGAUAAUGCCUUGGAGCAUCCACAGGCGCCACAUCAAUAUUUGCCCUUUGUUACAGGGUCACGACCCAUGGGUCCAUCUAGUUUUCUCUUUAUUUAUAUUAGGGGUGAGCAUGGGCCGGUAUGGACUGGUUUUCACCUCAUCCGCAUCCAAUCCAAUUCCCUAUGAAUUUCACAUUUGGCAUCCGCAUCCAAUUCAACAUCCAACGGAUUUGCAUCCAUUGGAUGGAUGGAUGGACGGAUUUGAUGCGGAUAAUCCAACGAAUUUGUCAUAUAAUUAAAGUGUAUUAUAUAGAAAUAAAGAUAACAAAUUUACUGAUGGUUUUAGAAAUAAGACUACAUUAUUUAGGGGUUAAAAUUGGAUUUGAGUAUAAUGCUUUGAAGGUACUCAAAAUUUGAAGAGGAGGAACAACCCAACCCCUUUAAAGUAAGAUGUUUUUGGUGUACUUGAGAUCAACUAUGUCCACU